UUGAGUUUGCAAUUAUUAUUUUGGCCUUCUGCUCAAACAGGCGCUGAUCCCAAGCACCGUCGAACACGAACUCUCGUCUCCGUUGAUUGUUUGGGACUUUAUGCCGUAGAAGACGGCUAGCAGGACGUAUCAUACCUGCAGUCUGUUGAUAUUUUCGCUGUAUCGUACGUCACUUCGACUUGAAACUCUUUCCAUCUUUUAUUCAUCAGUUGAAAAUCAUUUCAUGUGACACCGAUAGACGACUCUGGAUGACUCUGUUGUCUUCUACUUGACAUUAUUUCUCUGGCCGGGACUACUAGAAAACUGCUCCCCUGUCCCUCCACACCUGUGAACAAUGGAUGCCUUACGAGAGCGUCUUCAGACAAUAGACCUGCAUCAUCAAUCUUCAGUGGAGUCUCAAGAAGCAGCCUCGCCACUGGAUGCACCGCAAACACCACUAUCGGGUCGCUGGCGCAAUGCUGCGGACAAGUCUCGUUCGAUGGGUGACCCGUGGGCCGAGUUUCACAUCGAGGACCGCUGCAAGGAGGAGAGGGCCCGGCGACAUCGCUUCAACGCCCUCAAGUGCAAGUGGACGGUGGACGACAUUCUUGUCAAGAUGGAGGAAAAGCCAUUCGCUCACGGAGCCAUGCGCAACUGCUUUAGAAUGAAGAAGCUAUCUAACUUUGCCCACGAGGAUUGGAACCACGCCGCCAACUAUGUUGCCAAGAGCUACAUCAAACGCCAGCCCAAGGACACUUACUUCGACGACGUGCAGCUGCAGAUGGAUGCCAAGCUGUGGGGCAACGAGUUCAACAAAGUCAACCCGCCGAAGAAAGUCGACAUCAUUCAGACGUACAUCAUCGAGAUGGUCGACCGGCCCGACAAGCCUGUCCUCUGCGUCGAGCACCUCAUCGAGGGAAAUUAUAUAAAGUAUAACUCAAACUCCGGCUUUGUCAGCGAUACGCAACGACGCACUCCGCAGGCAUUCAGUCACUUCACGUUUGAGCACUCUGCACAUCAUCUGAUCGUAGUGGAUGUGCAAGGUGUUGGCGAUCUCUAUACUGAUCCUCAAAUCCACACAUCCGCCGGUUGCGAGUAUGGUGAGGCGAACCUUGGACUCAAGGGAAUGGCUCUCUUCUUCGCCACGCACAAGUGUAAUCCCAUCUGCCGCAUGCUGGACCUGAAGCCGUUCGAGCUCAGCACUCGUGAGGUCAAGGAAUGCGAAAAGCUUGCCCAGUCGGCCAUGUCCACGCUGACAAAGGUGCCCACGAUGCUCAACUCACGUGCCACGGACGCAGCUCUCACUCGCCGCAAGCUGCUGGACAAGGAGGACAUUGACGCGCUGUCCGUGGUGCGCAGUGCCGACUCUCUGCCACCAUCGGUGCGUGUCAUCGUGUCCGUUGACGAUGUCAAGGCUAUGAAGAUGCCCGUCGAACCGGAGGCAUGUCCAGAGACACCGCCGCCAACUGCACAGUUGUCUGUCAAAAAUGUAGCUCGUGUAUCGUCUCGUUCUUCAUCCGACGAGGACUCGUGGAAGUCACUGCAGAACUCCAAAUACCGCGAUGAGUUCAACAUCCUGGGGCAGGUUCACAUGGAGUUUGCACUCUAUCACGAAAUUGGCCGAUUCAAUCCGGCCGGAGAGCCAAACGUAAUCGACGCUCUGUUCCACGUGGACUGUGCCGCGCGCUGUGGACAUCGGCAGGCGCUCAAGACGAUAGCACAGAUCUACCUGCAGUUGCCGCACGACACGCUGCCCGGUGUCACUGCUGAGGAGACCCCAGAGCACCAUCGGCAAGGUCUGCGUUGCUUGUACCAAGCUAGCGAGUGCGGCGACCGGGAAUGCAUGGUCAUGUUAGCUCGACGGCUUGACACGGGUGACGGCUUGUUGCCAGAAAGUCUAUGUCAAGAUGACCUGGAUGCAUCGCUAUGUAAGCGUUCCCAUGCAUUGGCAGUGCAGUGGUACAGCAAGGCAGUGACACGAGGUGAUGAUGACCCGGAUUGUGUGCCUACAAUGGGUCCUGAUACAAACUACAGCUUGCUGGCGCGCCAGGCCGAAAUCCUUCGCGAGGGCAACCACGGCAUCGAGCGUGAUGUGGAGAAAGCCGCCGAGCUUUACGGCCAGGCUGCGGAGGCUGCUACUGCAGCCAUGAAGGGCAAGAUGGCAUCCAAGUACUACAUCCUAGCGGAGGAGUGUGCGUACGAGUGAAAACCACCCUAGCUCCAUCCGCUCCGGCCUGUUCAAGUAUGAACUGUUGUUGCCUUUGCCGCCCGCUGUGGUAGUCCUUAUUUGGAGUGCUGUGUGCGCACUUCAUCCAUAUAUGGGUAUUACGGAUCGCAGUAAACUCCUGAAUUUAUGGACUUCCACACUUGGGCGCGUGAGGCAGAAUUCCCUUGAUGUUGCACGUUUCCUACCACUGCCGGCGAGAUGAUUUUCAACACCGCACCCUGCUUGGGAUUUAGCCUGGCUUGGCUGCAUUGUGUGAUCAUGGCUAUGUGUGAUGUGCAGUUGUCGACGAGAGACCGUGAGUCGGCAGUGUUUCCGACAUCAAGAUACAGCUGUGUGAGAAUAGAUACGGAUACGAAGACUGUUCUAUACGUGGUUUCAUUGGUUGACUUGAUCUGACCCCCUACUUCUCUUACACAUUUUCUAGAUUUUUAGUUCUCUUUUUCUUGUAAACUUUUGCUUUACCGCAUACUAUUAAUUUCUAGGGCGGUUUGCCCUAUUCCACUUUCUGCGUGGUCCAUGGUCUUAGCAGUACCGGCUGGGUGCAGAUCUCUGUUGAGAACAGCCCAAUGUCAGUCACACGCACACACGCAGGAGUUCCAGCUAAUGUACUUCUUACUCUUGAAUUAAACCUUUUUUUUUUGCGUUCCACAAAUGUUUUUUUGUAUGAAUUAUUUAUUUACUUGCAGAAGUGCAGAGUACCCCAAGGUGGUCACCGCGCAUACUGAGUUUUUUUUGGUUUGUCUUCGAAGCUAGCAGCCUGUAUUUCGUUUGCCACACUCUAAUGUUACUACUCGUUAUACCUCUGUAUACCUCUCUCUCUUUUUCUCUCUAUCUAUCUCUCUCGUUCUUGGCUUUGUGCUUAUCACGUUUUGCUAGCCUGCAUUUUGCGCAGAAGUAGCUGCAUAGUUUUGUUUUGUUUUGUUUCUUCCUUUGACUCUGCCUGUUCCUGGCAAACGUUGUUAUUAUUAUUAUUAUGUAAGAACUUUAGUUUCCAGUUUUCCACUCUCUACAAAAUUAGAAAACAAUCUUUAAAUGAAGUUGAACUGCCGA